UACUUGCGACUUCAUUUCGGGCAACACUGGUCACAUAAUCACACUAUCUAGUUGAUUUUGAUUUCAGGCGACUUUAAAUUAGACCUUUUUGUAUUAAAUAAUAUAGAAUAACACUUGACAACUCCUAGGUUAGUUGCUACACAAGAUGUUGGCACGCGUCUUACGAGUGGGUCCACUGAUGCGAACUCGGAUCGGACUGGCCUCCUCCACCUUAUAUACACGUAACACUCACUGCCAUACACAGAUGAGGCAGUUGAUCAAAAAUGUCCCCGAGUUAAGAUUAACGAAGCCCUGGGAACGUCUAAAUGGGAGAGCAUCACUUGUGAUGGCCUCCCGUUUUUAUAGCCGUAGGCGUGAUGACUCUGAUGAAGAUAUCAUGGCUGAUCAACCGACGGAAUUAUUGUCCGAUCGGGAUGCACAAUUGCCGGCAACAGUGGCUGUGCCGGAUGUUUGGCCUCAUGUUCCUCUACUCGCAAUGCGUCGAAACCCUUUAUUUCCACGAUUCAUGAAGAUUGUUGAGGUUUCAAAUCCUGUCAUCAUGGAUUUACUGCGACGUAAGGUCAAGCUGAAUCAACCGUACUUGGGCGUGUUUCUUAAAAAGAAUGACGGCGAAGAUGAGCUUGUCUAUAAUCUCGAUGAGGUCUAUAGCCUUGGCAGUUUUGCUCAAAUUCAGGAACUGCAAGACUUGGGCGACAAACUGCGUAUGGUUGUAGUAGCCCAUCGUCGAAUCCGUAUCACCGGCCAAGUGGUGGAAGAUGUACCCGCGCCAAAACCAGUGAAAAUGACAACUUUGCAUUAUCCACUCUUUAAUAUAAAAUUACGCAUCCCAGCUGAAGAUCAGUCGUCGACGUCAGAGGAUAAACCGACUACUGGACGUUCAUCUAAAUCCCGGAAAUCACGUGGACGUUUACCCCAUCAUCAUCGAAAAAGACACCAGGAAAAAACCAAUGAACUCCUGGAAGCCGAGGAACUUGUGCAGCAACAAACUUUAGAAGAACCCCUAAAAUCUGGAAAGUUAGACACCAAGAAUGUUGAGUCUCCAAGUUAUGCAGAAGCCGAAGAGAGCGAUUCUGUUAAGGAUAAGCCUACACCUGUGCUCAUUGUUGAAGUGGAGAAUGUGAAGCAGCCAACGUACAAACAGACCGAGGAGGUCAAGGCCCUCACUCAAGAGAUUAUUAAGACUUUGCGGGACAUCAUCACAAUGAAUCCUCUUUAUAGAGAGAGUCUCCAGCAGAUGCUACACCAAAAUCAACGCGUUGUUGACAAUCCUAUUUAUCUUUGUGAUCUGGGCGCUUCACUAUCCGCCGCCGAACCAGGAGAACUCCAGAAAAUUCUUGAAGAAGUUGAUAUACCACAACGCCUGCAGCUAUCAUUGACGCUUCUUAAGAAAGAACUAGAGCUAUCACGGCUUCAGCAAAAAAUUGGACGUGAGGUGGAGGAGAAAGUAAAACAGCAGCAUCGCAAAUACAUACUGCAGGAGCAGUUGAAAGUGAUCAAAAAAGAAUUGGGCAUUGAGAAGGACGAUAAGGAUGCCAUUGGCGAGAAAUAUAGAGAAAAGCUGAAAGAUAAAACCGUGCCUGAAGCCAUUAAGAAUGUUAUCGACGAAGAGCUGACCAAACUCAAUUUCCUUGAGAGCCACAGCUCAGAGUUUAAUGUCACACGCAACUACCUCGACUGGCUGACCUCUUUGCCAUGGGGCGUAAUCAGCACAGAGAAUCUUUGCCUUGAUAAGGCCACAGAUAUUCUAAACAACGAUCACUAUGGCAUGGAGGAUAUUAAAAAGCGCAUACUCGAGUUCAUUGCGGUUAGCUCACUGAAGGGCACAACGCAAGGAAAAAUUCUAUGCUUCCAUGGUCCUCCUGGUGUGGGGAAAACAAGCAUAGCCCGAUCCAUUGCACGUGCCCUGAAUCGUGAAUAUUUCCGAUUCAGUGUCGGUGGUAUGACAGAUGUCGCUGAAAUCAAGGGACAUCGCCGCACCUAUGUUGGUGCCAUGCCAGGAAAGUUAAUUCAAUGCUUGAAGAAAACGAAAACGGAGAAUCCAUUGGUUCUUAUCGACGAAGUUGAUAAAAUUGGCAAAGGCUACCAAGGCGAUCCAAGCUCUGCUCUGCUGGAAUUGCUUGAUCCCGAGCAAAAUGCCAACUUCCUAGAUCAUUAUUUAGAUGUGCCAGUAGAUCUAUCGCGUGUACUUUUUAUUUGCACGGCCAAUGUGAUCGACACGAUUCCCGAACCAUUGCGAGAUCGCAUGGAACUCAUCGAAAUGUCCGGCUAUGUGGCAGAAGAAAAAGUUGCCAUCGCCCGCCAGUAUUUAAUCCCGCAAGCCAUGAGCGAUUGCGGCUUGACUGAUGAGCAACUAAAUAUAACCGAAGAUUCUUUAAACAUGCUCAUCCGCAGCUAUUGUCGCGAAUCGGGUGUGCGCAAUCUGCAGAAGCACAUCGAAAAGGUCAUUCGUAAAGUGGCUUUCCGCCUGGUUAAAAAGGAGGGAGAUCAUUUCCACAUUAGUGCUGAUAAUCUGACCAAAUUCUUGGGCAAACAGAUUUUCAGUACUGAUCGUAUGUAUGCCACUACACCCCCUGGUGUGGUAAUGGGCCUAGCCUGGACAGCCAUGGGUGGGUCAUCGCUAUACAUUGAGACUUCGAAGCGGCUUGUACGACGAAACAAUAAACCUGAUGCUGCACCUGGUGCACUCAAUAUUACCGGAAAUCUGGGCGAUGUCAUGAAGGAGUCGGCACAAAUUGCUCUCACAGUGGCGCGAAACUUUAUAGCCACCAUUGACCCCAGCAAUAAUUUCCUAGAGCAAGAACACAUUCAUUUGCAUGUGCCAGAAGGCGCAACCCCUAAAGAUGGACCCAGUGCUGGCGUUACAAUAAUCACAGCCUUAGUUUCCUUGGCCCUAAACAAGCCGGUGCGUCAAGAUAUAGCCAUGACUGGCGAGAUUUCCCUUAAGGGCAAAGUCUUGACUGUCGGCGGUAUUAAGGAGAAGGCCAUUGCAGCACGACGCAGCGGAGUAACCUGUCUAAUUCUUCCUAAUGACAAUAAAAAAGAUUUUGAUGAGCUACCAGACUUUAUAACCGAAGGCCUAGAGGUUCAUUUUGCAACCAAUUAUGAGGAUGUCUACCAAAUAGCUUUUGAAGACGAUACAAAUGAGGAGACAUCAGAGGACGCGGCACCGAUUCCGCGACGUGAGAAAAUUUCCGCUGCAGCCGCGCCUUAGUGUUACUUUAAUGUUUAUCAUGGGGGAAUCGUUGGGGUAUAUAUAUGAGAUAUAUAUAUAUAUAUAUGUUGCGUGUAUAUAUAUUUUAUAUUUAGCAAAAGGCAUUUUGUUUUGUUCGAAUGCUGAGUAAAAUUUUGAGUGUAAAAAAGAAAA